CAGAAAAAGUGAGGUUAUGUCAAGUAAAUUUGUUUAUUGUUUACGUUUUGAAAUUAUUUUAAAAAAUUCAAUUUUUUAAAGGCUAAAGCAUCUAAAAAUACAAACCAUACAAAAGUAGAACAAUAUCCGCAUUGUUGGCCUUAUAACACCUUAAUAAGUCAGGUUUGGUCUUCAAAAAAAUGGAUCCUACAAAAAUGGCUUAUGAAUGUUACAAACCACGUAAAGAAUCUCUAUAUAUUUCAUACUGUAUAGCCUUAUAUACAGCAGUAAAAGAAGAUAUUGACACAUUGCUUGCCCAAUUCACCAAGAAGCAAACCCUUAACUAUGUAGAUUUUGCCCUUGUCUGGCAGUCCAUGCAAAUGACUUGCAUAUUUUGCGACCAAAAAAACCUCAGGGCCCUAAAAGUGCUUUGUGAUGUAUGUUUUACUUUACUAAAAAAAGGAAUCUUUGAUCAUCCCGAUAUUUAUAAUAAAAUUGGUUGUUUUUAUUUACUAUAUGGUUUAUACUACAAACAACCCUUAAAGGAUUUUGUGAAAAUAAGAUUGACCCUGGAGGAAUACCGAAGUCUAAAGGCAUUAAUGCAAACCAUGUGUGAUAAAGGGCAAUAUGAUGCCUUGUAUAUAUUCGCCAAAAUGAAGUCUGAUGAAGCAUUUGUCUUUGUGGCACAUCCAAAGCCAAUGGCUAUAGUGUCAGGGCAGAAAUUUGAUAUGCCUGAAGAAACUGACAAUAUUGUACUCCAAACGUUUGACAGGCCAGUAAAUUCAUUUAAAGAUAUUGUUAAGAGUGAAAAUAUCCAAAAUUUAGAUGAGACAUGUAAGAUUUACAAUGCAAAAAUGCAAGAGUUGGCUAAAAAGUAUCCCAGUGUGUCUACAUUUGAGUCAUCCCUAGUAAGUGAAAUAAAACAGGAAUAUGAUGAUUUGUUUGGUAGCCUUCAGGUAAAAAGUGAAAAUGAGGGUAAUCCUAAAAUUGAUAGUACCAUAAUGAAUAUAAGGCAGAAUAUUAGAAAACAGGCUUUUAAGAAAAAGGGUGACUGGUUAAAGAAGAAACUGGGGUGUUCGUCAAAUAAUGAAAGUAGUGAUGGUGAUAAUUUUUGACCAUAAAGUGUUUAUUUUGUUGUCAAUAACAUUUAGGAAAUA